AUGCCUACCUCUCAACACCGCAAUACAAAGGACCUGUCCGCUGGCUGGCACUUCCUGUACAAGUACUACAAAGGGGCGAUAAGGCACGUUCCCAGCCCUUCCUUUGAACACUACAUUAACCUGCCUACCUCUCAACACCCCAAUACAGAGGACCUGUCCGCUGGCUGGCACUUCCUGUACAAGUACUACAAUGGGACGAUAAGAUUCCUGUCUACAGGUCUUCUUGCUUUCGACACAUGCGCCAUUGGACUGUUCACGGGGGCCAAGUUCAUUUCGAACGUCUACGUUCACCAUAUUAUUGAACUUCAUGGGGUCAGAGGAUACCAGAGUUUCCGAUGUGACAGAGAAGGCAGCAAGAAAGGAGGCAUCCUGACAUUAGUCCGGAACAACAUCAAUGCUGUUCAGACUAAAACGCAUAUGGAUGACUCUGAAUUCCAAGUUCUGAGUCUCAGGAAGAACGAUUUCAAUCUGAAGCGAGUGAAUCUCUACUCUCCAAAUGACGAGGCUCUUUCCCUAGACAGUAUCCCAACAGAAGAAUCUAACUUCAUUGUUGUUGGCGACUUCAACAGUCAUUCACAAAGCUGGGGAUAUGACGACAUGGACCGACGUGGAGAGGAAGUAGAGGAAUGGCAAGAUGACAACAAGCUUAAUCUUAUCAACCAGCCUGAAGAUCUGGCAACUUUCUACUCCAGGAAAUGGCAUACAACGUCGACCCCUGACCUAGCUUUCUGCACUGGAGAUAUCCAUGGGCAUAUCAAGAGCGAAGUCUGUGAUCAACUAGGAGGAAGCGACCAUCGCCCAGUUCUCCUCAUCAUGAACCAGUCUACCUCUUCAUCAUCAAGCAUCCCCAGAUGGAAUUACAAGAAGGCCCGAGCCAAGGCCAAAUUCCUGCGGCACAAACUUGAAGGCCAGAGAAAGAGCUGGAGAAACAAAACAGCAUCACUCAACCUUGAGCGAGAUGGCCGGAAGCUGUGGAUGUUAACGAAACAGCUGAAUGACGAUGAAGUUCAAGCGAGAGGCUCGGUAACUAUGGAAGAGAAUGGAGAGCUGCUGACUGGUAAACAAGCAGCAAAUGUCUUUGCCAGCAACUACAAAGAUGUCAGUGACAUCCAUGCCAGUACAGAAAGACAGAGAAAAGUAAGAAAAGAACAAAGGGACAGGAAAACAGAUGAUGUGACAUCAGACCGUAUGAACCAAAGCCUUACACUGCACGAACUACAGACAGCAGUCAGGCAGCUGAAAUUAGAGAAGUCUCCAGAACCAGACAAUGUGACCAAUGAAAUGAUCACCCAUCUAGGCAGUUCAGCAAUGCACAAACUCCAAGACAUCUUCAACUACAGCUGGACACAAGGCCAACUUCCCCAAGUCUUGAAAGAGGCCAUCAUACUCCCUAUUCUCAAGAAAGGAAAGGAUCCGAAGCAGGCUGGAAGCUACCGUCCAAUAAGCCUCACUAGCUGUGUUGGGAAGACAAUGGAGAGAAUUGUAAACGCACGCCUAAAGUUGUAUCUGGAGACGAACAACUUACUUGCAAAACAACAAGCUGGAUUCCGUCAAUUCCGCUCCACCGAGGACCAGACUACCUACAUGGCCCAAGAAAUUGAAGAUGCUUUCCAGAUACAGAAGGUUGUCCUGACAGCAUGGAUAGACCUUCAAAGGGCCUUUGGUAAAGUCUUGAUUGAUGGGCUCCAAUGCAAACUGAUGAGGAAUUGA